AUGGGUUUAAAGGUUGUCCAAAUUAAUCUGCAGCAUUCACAGUGCGCAACGGACAACCUAACCGUUCUCCUGGCGGAGGAGGACGUGGAUAUCGCAUUAAUUCAGGAACCCUGGGUGCGGAGCACCGAGGAUGUGACGGCUGUUGAGGUGGAAGCCACUGACGGAGUCACAAUAGCGCUUGCCUCUAUAAACAUGGCACACGAAAGACCAACACCGCCGGAGGAGGCUCGUAAGCUUGUGCAGGAAAACCCAAACAAAACCCUGCUUCUCGGAAGCGAUGCCAAUGCAAGGCAUGCUCCAUGGGGAAGCCCCGAAACAAACGACCGAGUGAACUACCAUGAAAAUCUGAACAAUUCAAAAGGUACAAUUUUCGCACCUUGCUUAAACAAUGUGGACGAAAAAGGGAUUAUUGAAAAUAUGAGCGCACAAAGUGUCACAGACGUUUAUAAAUUUUCAAAACUGGAAAAUUGUGUAUCACAAUAUACAGGAACCGUACUUCUCACAUUCAACCUCUUCAAGCUCCCAGAAAAAGUCGAAGUAUCGUGGCAUAUUGCAAAAGUCAAACCUUACUACCCAAAUCCCAUGAGGUGUAAAACCUGUCAGCUUUUAGGGCACACAGCUAAACGCUGCAACAAUGCACCCUGUCAAUCAUGCAAUUUCCCCCCACACCCACCACCAUGUUCACGUAUCUACUGUGCAAAUUGUGCAGGCGAUCAUCCAUCCUCUUCUAAAUCAUGCCCAAAAUAUAUGCAAUCUAAAGAAAUAUUGAAAAUCAAAUGUCAAAACAAAUGCUCAAUGUGCGAAGCACUUAAACUCUACAAGGAACAGACACCGACCACACUCAGCGCCUCAUUUGCUGCUGUUGUAAGCGAGUCCCAAAAUCUGAGCAAGAUCGAACAAAGCAAAACUAAACCCCCUGCCACUUUAGCACCUAGCCCAUCAUGCAAAUCACCGAGCACAGCUUCGCUCAAUGCUCACUCCGACACCUUAAUACAACCGAACUCAACUUCAUCCAACACCACAACAUAA